AUGGGCGCCACGCCGGCGGCCGGCGAGCUCAUCCUCGGCAACCGCGGAAGGCGCGCGGGCGAGCUUGGCCCAUCUGCAAUGGAACUCCUCCAGGCUGAUGGAGCAGAUGAGUUCGAGGACAACAAUCUUGCUGCACCAGAACCUUUGUCCCACAAUAUCGGAGCAAGUUUCCAAAGGAAUCCAAGCUCUACAAACUCGGGUGUAUUCGGAAGCCUGAAGAUUGUGCUGCUGAAAUCUAAGCUCAAUUUGCUUAUACCAUGUGGAUUCUUUGCAAUCCUGAUCAAUUAUCUCAGCCAAAAUAAGGCCUGGGUAUUUCCUCUGAGCCUGUUGGGUAUCAUUCCUUUGGCUGAGCGAUUGGGUUUUGCUACCGAGCAGCUAGGACUCUUCACUGGCCGAACAGCUGGGGGCCUCCUGAAUGCUACAUUUGGCAAUGCCACCGAGCUGGUCAUAUCAAUUCAUGCGCUGCGGAGCGGAAAGCUACAGGUGGUUCAGCAAUCUCUCCUCGGAUCAAUCCUGUCAAACACGCUGCUGGUUCUUGGCUGUGCGUUCUUUGGUGGGGGGCUCACCUGCGGCAAAUCAGAGCAGAUUUUCAGAAAGAAAGAUGCAGUGCUGAACUCUGGGCUGCUCUUGAUGGCUGUGAUGGGGCUGGUCUCUCCUGCUAUGCUGUACUAUACUCACACCGAGGUUAACUUGGGCAAGUCAGCACUGGCACUGUCAAGAUUCAGCAGCUGCAUAAUGCUUUUUGCUUAUGCUGCUUUCAUUUUCUUUGAGCUGUCCAACAGUCGCCGCAGAGACGAAUCUAGAGGUGGGGAUCAAGGGGACGACGAUUGCGAAUACGCAUUUCCUGAAAUUUCUAUGUGGGAAGCCAUUGCUUGGCUUGCAAUUUUUACUGCUUGGAUCUCAGUUUUCUCUGACUUUUUAGUUGAUGCAAUCGAGGGAGCUUCCAAGGCUUGGAAAAUACCAGUUGCGUUCAUCAGUACUGUUUUGCUUCCAAUUGUAGGGAAUGCUGCAGAACAUGCCAGUGCUGUUAUGUUUGCAAUGAAAGACAAAUUAGACCUUUCCCUUGGAGUCGCCAUCGGGUCUUCGACACAGAUAUCCAUGUUUGUGAUACCAUUUAGUGUAGUGGCAGGAUGGAUGAUGGGCCAGCCAAUGGACUUGAAUUUCCAUCUGUUUGAAACCGCCAGCCUCUUGAUAACCGUACUGGUUGUAGCACUUCUGUUGCAGGAUGGGACUUCGAAUUGUUUCAAAGGGCUGAUGCUAAUUCUCUGCUACCUGAUAGUAGCUGCCAGUUUUUAUGUAUAUGCUGAUCCAAAUAUUGAUGGUGUUUAG